AUGGAUCACGAACUGAAGGUACCGAAUACGUUCCCAACUACACUAAUCAUUCGCCUUUUCCAGGUUAAAGCCUACCGAUUCAUCGCCUAUUCCGCCAUUUCAUUCAGUUUUGUUUCCAUUCUCGCAGUGAGUUCGCCCUCCCCAGUUCUUUUCCCAAUUUAUCCCUAAUCAGGUAUGUCUUUCCCUUCCCAUGGUCUACUUUUACAUCAAAAAUGUAAAGUUCUCAAUGCAAGGAGAAAUUGAUUUCUGCCGGGUAACAGUUUCAAACUGCAUCAAUCUAUGAACGUAUCUGUUUAGAAUUCUGCGAAGGACAUUUGGGUCGAAGUGCAGCAAUUCAAGCAGUUGCCCCGGAAUCGGACUACCCGUCAGGCACCCGGCUACUUGAAUCCGGGCGGUUCCCGUUAUCAGAACAGUUUCUAUGACACGGGACCGUCGGAAGGCGGAGGGCAGUCUUCCGAAGACUGUGAUGGCUGCUGCCUUGCGGGAGCACCCGGCCCGCCAGGAGAGUCUGGAAGGCCCGGACGACCAGGAAAGCCCGGAGUUCCCGGUCUCCCCGGCAAUCCCGGCAAACCGCCUCAACAGCCGUGCGAACUCGUCACUCCGCCGCCCUGCUCUCCUUGUCCUGCUGGUCCUCCGGGAAAACCGGGGCCACAAGGACCACCAGGAGAUAUUGGACAUCCGGGGAAUCCAGGAGAGAGGGGAAUAGACGGGGAACCUGGAGAAGCCGGUCCGCCAGGUAAAAAAUAGGAUGAUCUUCUAGUGACCAGUCGUUAUUUCAGGGCCACCGGGAGAACCAGGCCUUCCGGGCGCGCAAGGAAUACCCGGACAGCCAGGAUUCAACGCAGAGCCAGUCAGUUUCUCGCCAGGCGAACCUGGUCCUCCGGGAGAACCAGGUCCACCUGGAGCCCCCGGGGAGCCAGGAGAUAUCGGAGAAGAAGGACCUCCGGGAAUGCCCGGACCAAAAGGACCGCCUGGAGCAUCUGGAAUUCCUGGAAACGACGGACCGCCGGGAGUUAGAGGACUACCGGGUCCGCCAGGAGCUUCAGGAGAACGCGGAAUAUGUCCAAAGUAAGAAGAGACAUCGUAGUUAUAGUAUCCUCUAUUGUCGUGUUCCAGGUACUGUGCCAUAGAUGGAGGAGUCUUCUUCGAGGACGGAACACGAAGAUAA